AUGGGCAGUGGUUACUUUGGAGAGCCAAACAUGGGGAAUGAUCACCAUCAUCAUCAUCAUCAGCAUGAAAGGGGAGGAAGUAGUGGGUCGUCUUCAAGAAAGGGGAAGAAGAACAGUUCAUCAUCAUCAGAGAAUAAGCAGCCUAAGCAGCCACAAAGAGGGCUUGGUGUUGCUCAGUUGGAGAAGAUCAGGUUAACUGGUCAACUGGGCUGCACCAAUAACAACAACACCAACACCAACUUUCAUCAUCACCCUUCUUUCCAUACUCCAUACCACCUGCAGGAGGAUAUUAGAGGAGGGCAUACCGGUUAUGCCUCAUCGAUACCAUCUUCUUCCUUCUCAUAUUCUUCCUCCUCCUCUCUGCCUUCUUAUGGCUACAACCCCAACAUCAUGAUGGGAGUUGGAGAGUAUGAGAGGACGAACAAUAUCGGAUAUGGCGGUGAUUCACAACCUUCCACGGUUCCAAGUUGGAAUCUGGGCAGCUACGAGUCUCAUCAUCAGCAUUCCUUGCAGACAGGCGCAGCGAGACACCUUUUCAAUCUACACGAGACAACGUCAAGGAGCAAGAAGCACAGGAGUGAUUCAAUCGGGUCGAGCAGCCAGAACUCUGAAUCAAGUGACAGUCAAGAACUCGACUUGGAGCUCAGGUUGUCGCUGUGA